AUGUCCAACCCCAGCGCCCCACCUCCAUAUGAGGACCGCAACCCCCUGUACCCUGGCCCUCCUCCCCAGGGGGGCUAUGGGCAGCCGUCUGUCCUGCCUGGUGGGUACCCUGCCUACCCUGCCUACCCACAGCCUGGCUUCGGUCAUCCUGGUGGCUACCCACAGCCUAUGCCCCCCAUCCAUCCAAUGCCCAUGAACUACGGCCCAGGCUAUGACGGGGAGGAGAGAGCAGUGAGUGACAACUUCGGGCAUGGAGAGUGGGAUGACGUGAAAGUCCGACACAGCUUCAUCCGAAAGGUUUACACCAUCAUCUCCAUCCAGCUGCUCAUCACAGUGGCCAUCAUCGCCAUCUUCACCUUCGUGCAUCCCGUCGGGGAGUUUGUGCGGAGAAACCAGGCUAUCUACUAUGCUUCCUACGCUGUCUUCCUGGUUACCUACUUGACCCUUGCCUGCUGCGAGGGCCCCAGACGCCGUUUCCCAUGGAACAUCAUCCUGCUGACUGUCUUUACGCUUGCCAUGGGCUAUAUGACUGGCGCCAUUUCCAGCUUUUAUGAAACCAAUGCCGUCAUCAUUGCAAUGAUCAUCACUGCUGUGGUGUCCAUUUCCGUCACCAUCUUCUGCUUCCAGACCAAGGUGGACUUCACCUCAUGCACAGGCCUCUUCUGUGUCCUGGGAAUUGUGAUGAUGGUGACUGGGAUUGUCAGUGCCAUUGUGCUGGCCUUCAAAUAUAUUUACUGGGUCCAUAUGGUCUACGCUGCUCUGGGGGCCAUUUGCUUCACCUUGUUCCUGGCCUACGACACGCAGCUGGUCCUGGGGAACCGGAAGCACACCAUCAGCCCGGAGGACUACAUCACGGGCGCCCUGCAGAUCUACACAGACAUCGUCUACAUCUUCACCUUCGUGCUGCAGCUGGUGGGGAGUCGCGAUUAAGGAGCACCCCCAGUUCUGCUCCACCCUGAGGGCUGGGCCCUGUGAUCGGGGUCUGGGCCCCAGACCCCUAUCCUUCCCCUCAGUUUCCUUUCUGUCCUGGGGUGGGUGGCCUCUGGCUUUGGAUGUGCAAGUGCCACCUGGUGAGGCUGGAGGAACUGGGGACUAACUCUUGCCCAUGGUGGACUUAGCAGGUACUAGGCCGAAGAUGUGCCUUCUACCUCCACCCACUAUGUGGCUCCAAAUUCUUAACAGCUGGGGUCAGCUGGGGUCAGCUAAAAGGGAAGGAGGCAGAAAUGACCUCAAGGUGAUGAGGUUUCCCCUCCCACCUCUGCCGUAGACUCUGGGCUAGGGAGCUGGAGGCGUUUCCUCCACCAGAGCCGGAGAGCUCUGUCCCCAGCCUCCGGGACUCAUAAGCCAUUACCCUGUAUUCCUUUGGCAAACCUUGGCGCUUCCUGACUCAGGAAGAUUGAAGAGAUCUGUGCCCAUGGGUCCCCCUAGAUUCAACCCCUCUUCUUUUGAUGGCAUGUAUAUACUGUUUAUGUGGGUGAGGGGGGAGGAAGAAGAGCAAGCAAAGUCCAGCACGGGCCAAUACUGAGCUGCAUCUCCCCUGGGCUUCCUCCUGGCGGCGGCGGCAGCAGAGACAGCAGGUCCACGGCUAUCUGGGCCCCAUUCUCCAAAGCUGCCUAGGGCCUCCUGGGGAAUUCUGGGAUCUCUGGUCAGAGGGAUCUCUUGCUCCCUGUGCUCAGGCUGCUCAAAGCAGAAAGUGAGGGGCACAGGUCAG